AUGAAUCACACAAAGCGUAUGGUUCUCGUGCCCGAGAACACCUUGGAAAGAUUACAGCAGCGCCAGCAGAUUUUAACCCCACCCGUCACACAAACUCUGAGAAACUUGGAUAGUGAAAUGACCGAUAUUUUAUCCAGUAAAGAACUUGAUGAUGAACAAAAAGCUAGGCUUUACAAUCAAGUGUUGCAGCGGUACUUGACUUAUUACGAUCAGCGAAAAGGUCAACCUCUUCAUGUGAAAAUAUCAACUCCCAAAGCAGUAGAAACACCUAAACCAGAAGAAAAUGAACAACCUUCGGAAGAACCUGUCCCGGAAAAAUUCACUUCAUCAGCCGUAGAGGCAGAGGUCAUGAGAAGUGUACCCAAAAUUUACAAAGCCGGGGCUAGACAAUUGUUGGAUAAAAUUAAGGAGCAUCAAGAUGUAUUGCAUUGGAAUGAUAAAGGAGAGCUUUUGUAUGAAACCAAACCCAUUCCAGGUUCUCAUCUGGUGGACCUAGUCAAUCAGUGAAAGAUUCCGGCAAUUCUACUUUUUUACAAAAAGGUCAACUCUGCUAGUUAAAAACAGCAGAAAAACUAAGUUUCUGCAUUCAUUUUCCGUGGAACAAAAUGCAAAAUUGUUACCUUUUUUGUCUAUGCUAGUCGUUUAAGUUAAAAGUUAUGAAAAGGUACCUUUUUUUGAAAAAGAAGUCAGGUAUUUUCAGCUUUCGAGUGAAUGAUAUUUUGACGUCAAUAUUGUCCGCUCUUCAUCCAUUUCUCACUUUACCAUACGAUGUUUUAAAGCGCAAAAGAGGUACCUUUUUCUCGGUUUCAAGCGAUCUCAUGAAAGGCACAAAAAGGUACCUUUUUUGCAGUUGGAAGCGAUGUUCUCAAAAGCGCGAAAAAGGUACCCUUUUUGGCAGUUGGAAGUGAUGUUCUCAAAAACGGUACCUUUCAUAGUGUUUUCAAGCCACGGGAAGCCAUUUAGAAUCCUACUGAUUGACAGAUGUCAACAGUUUGGUGUCAUUUUUAUGAAUUUUUGUCUGAAUUUACUAAUCCACUAGUCAAGAGAUAAAUAUUCCCUGUUUAUUGGCCAAGUUUGAAACCGGUUGCUGAGCUUGACACUGUAACAUGUACAGUGUCAGGUCGUAGUUUUAAAAUCUAUCCCCCUUGCUUGAUUUUGGCAUGGGUGUGAGCCUUCUUGCUCAGUGUCGGAGUAGAGCUGGAAGCAUUGUCACUGGUUCAGUGGUUAUCAAUGAAUGACAGGUGUCAGUUAUAAGUAACCUGAAGAGAAGCCGGGCCAGUCUCUUGUGUAUUUAAAAUGCUUUUUUGUUUCCUCGCUAAAAUGCUGUACCUUAAUGCUCUAUUUUCUCGAAUAACAUGCUCACCCUAAGAAAGUUCACUAAAAUGCGCGAUGAUGCGAUGAUUAUACGUGUUAAAAUAACAAGAAUGUAUGUUAAUGGAUUUAAUACACCAAAAGACAAUUGUCUACACAGUGGCACUUGAAUUUUUUUUAUUUUGACUCCUGAGAGUUUAUUUUCUAUUUGAAAAUUUCUAAUUUUCAUUUUCUGUGAAAAAAAAAAUUCCGGGAAGUUCCACCAAAGUUCUCGAAAAAAAGGCUGGCUUACUGUACAAAAGUCUAAGAAGAGGAAAGUUGUUCAGGCUUACUCUUAGUAUUUAGUUAGGGGGUGUCAGAGGUACAUGUACGGUGGCAUUUUUACUGUUAAUGGCUUUAUUUCAGCCUGUAGCUCAAAAAGCACCUGAAGUUAAAUCAUUUAUAUAAUUUAUAUCAUAGCAAAGAAAAAUAACCCCAAGACUGAAGUCUCUAAUUUAAUAACCUUUCUGGGGUGAAAAACAUCACCCAGGAAACAAGACAGUUAUAUUAAAAUGACCCGCUCGGAACUCGCUUAGUUUAGACUUAAUGGAAAAUGAAUACCUUUGCUUUACAUGUAGGACUUCUUUCCGGUUAAAGUGUUUGCUCACGCUUAAAAUUGCGCUUGCUGAGCUUCUAAAGUACCAGAAGUUGUUACUAACAUUUUCGGGAGCCAUUUUAUCCAUUUGGCUGGUGACUAGUAUUUUCGGAUUUCUUCUAGUUUCUCGCUUUUGAUCGUGGCUUAAAGAAGCGAGCAAAAAUUUCUUGCUCCGCUAAUUCCCCUUGUAGAUCAUUUCAAUUUUAACAGGAUCACCUAGAAUCCCCUAAAAAAAGUCUGUGCAUCAUUCAUUGAAGCUCAAGGGGUGCCAACGGAUGACAUAUGUCAAUCAGUAGCAUUUUGAAUGGCUUCCCAAAAGUUUGAAAACACUAUUUUAUAUUUUUAAAAAGGUACGUUUUUCGCACUUUUAACAACAUCACUUCCAACUGCAAAAAAGGUACCUUUUUCGCGCUUUUGAGAGCAUCGCUUCCAACUGCAAAAAAGGUACCUUUUUGUGGCUUUCAUGAGAUCGCUUGAAAGCGACAAAAAGGUACCUUUUUCGCGCUUUAAAUCAUCGUUUGGUAAAGUGAGAAAUGGAUGAAAAGUGGACAAUAUUGACGUUAAAAUAUUUUCACCCGAAAGCUUAAAAUACCCGCCUUUUUUUUCUUAAAAGGUACCUUUUUUUAACUUUUCACCUGAUCGACUAGCAUUAACAAAAAAGGUUUCAAUUUUGCAUGUUGUUCUAUGAAAAAGAAAUGCAGAAAGUUAAUUUUUCUGCUCUUUUCAAGUAGCAGAGUUGAUCUUUUUCUAAAAAAGCAGAAUUGCCGGAACCUUUCACUGAUUCUAGUCAACGACACAUGGCGCCACCGCAAAGGAUUUGAACCAGUAGGAUGGUCGGUGUUUGCGAGGGGUCUGGCCCGAAUGAAUGUCCCGGAAAAUCUAGUGCGUAAUAGUAGUAUACAUGGCUACCCUAGGUCCUAACCAAUCAGAGCGCAGCAAAUUUCGUCUCGACCAAUAAGAAUCGCGCAUUUAGGUCAGGUGACUUUUUGACGUCACAACCCCAUUGUUUUAACCCACGUGACCCCCUAGGAAUAAAGAACACACGCACACAAAUAGUUGAAUCUGCAUGCUUAGCAUAGUUUUAAUGAGAAGAGCCUAGUAGUUGAACGCAUGCGCAAUGGGGUCCAAGCGUUUACCCUGCGCAGUCACGUGAAUGAGAUCGUAGGCACAUGCGCAGACCGCCAAACGACUCCCCAGGUCCCCCGCAUGCCAGUGAGCCUAUUUCCGCGUAGACCUACUGCGCAUGCGCAAGUCACAAAAAGUGGUCCCAGACCCCUCGCAUCCCCAAAGUCAAGAAAAACACACAAGAUUUUAGAUCCACACAUGAUUUUUAAUGGACGAGUCACGAGUGAGCCUAGUUACAUGCGGGACGUGUGUGACGCCCGAGUGACGUCAUGCCCAUUUUUUUUGCAUUAAUAGAUAGAAUGAACAUAAGCUAUUUGCUUCUUAGAGGAAGAAGUCAUGAGCGUUGGAUGAGGCCAUUUGAUAUAAUGGUUGUAACCUGUGUAUGACCAUGGUUUGAUGAAAGGCAAUUUGAUCGUGGCCAAAGUGACUGAAACAAAUUAAAUGGAGGGGUGGUUAGAUCCAAGAAGCAAACUGGAUGAGAUACAGUCGACCAUUGGCACGCACAAGACGGUGGUUUAUGGUCCAAUGAUUGACUGAAAAAAAACAGACCUUCAUUACAAACGGGACGUGUGUGACGCCCUAGUGGUGUCACGCCCUUGAAAUGUUUUUUUACUAUAAUAUUCUAUUAAAAUCCAGUCUUGAUUAUAAUCAAAAUGGUCUAGGAUCCAAUGACAUUCUAAUAAAAAAUCAAUAUCUUAGUUUGAGUAUCCAGGAACCAAUAACAUACUAAUGAAAGAAAAAAAAUCAACGUUUGAGUUUGAACAAAUGGAGUAAGCUGGACCAUCCUUGAUGAUUGACAAUACAGAGUUUAUGAGGGAUGGGCCAGCUUCGAAAAAUCAUGAUAUCUUGUAUAAUCCAAUGAGAAUCUAAUGAAAGGAAAAUGAAAAAUGAACAUUCAACAGGGGUGGCGCCACCAUGCAGACCUCCCCCUGCCGAAUGUUCAGAAUUCCCAUCCUGUGCUUUCUAAGAUAUAACAUCCCCAACAGGGUUCAGAGAGGACGGACACGUGCCGUGAAUAGGUCCAACAAUCAUUGCACGUGAAAUACAAUUGUCUUCCCGGUCCGAACCUCGUGUACCUGGUGUGUUUCAGGAUUAUCUGGGUAGUGGCUGAAAAAGGGAAGGGAGGUAAAUAGCUCGUAUGACAAAACGAGACUCUGAAAACGAAAAAGAAAAAAAAACAGGUUUUCAAGGACGGGGUGGAUAACCCAUGCCUUGCAACAUCUCACACCAAUAACAGGGCACGUGUAAAUCUUGCACGCGACGAAAAUUCAAAAAACAACGACAACAAAGUAAUUUGAGGGGUCUUGGAUACGGCGGAAGAGGGACCCCUGGUCCAGUGUACCACUGUACGAUACUACCACAAAAACACCAGGCCGCGGAAGUGCCAUGAACCCUGUGGGUGCUGAGAAUAGUAUGCGAAUCUAUGAAAAAAAUUAAUAAUAAUAUUUUGUCUUCAUGAGUAAGAAAACAAGGCGGUCUAGGAAGAAGCAACUGUUGUAGAUGUGGGUAUGUGUCUCUAAAAUUUUGAAAAAAAUCAAUAAUAAUAAAUGUCUUUCAUGUCUGUUCCAAGUAAAAAAGCCACGGGGUCUCGGAACCAGCGACUGUUCUGGAGGCGGGUACGGGUCUCUAAAAAGCAGUAUUAUUACAGAAUUGACUGAAUUGUUGAACACAAUGAAUAUGGCAUCGAUGUUGCAAAGGAAGGAUCCACCCCCAUUGGUCAAUGACCUCAAUCACAUCUGAAAUAUGUCAUGAAGUUGAAUUACACAUUGGACCGUACUAUAUUGACAUCUUAAUUGAAGGGGUCGAACCCAUCCUCCAUAUUGUUUUAGUGUGAAAUGAAAACCUACAAAGAGGUGAAAAAUGAACGAGUCAGGAUUCGGAAAAAAUGGGAGUGUAAAAAGUGCACACUCGGAAUCCAUUGCAAAUGAUCACGUAACAGGCAAUGUGUGCCUGUGAAAAAAAAAAAAAAUGAACUGAAAUUAAUCCUCUAAAAACCCUAGAUCUGCCAAAUCGGGUUCACCCACAUCACCCUGUCUCCGGAGAAACGUAUUAAUUCGGAACGUCAUACGUAACGGAAAAUCGUCCCAAUCCCGAUGGUUAGGGUCCCCACUCUGUACAUAGUCUACAAUUUCAUCUUCGGUGAGGGUCCCCUCCCAGUUGCCAGCAAUCACAUCAUCCAUGCGAAACCCAUCCAUCAUUCGCUCGCAAUGGUUACAGACUCCGCCAUGGGUGGGAUGAGCGAUCCAUUGGUAUAUGUGGCACACAGGCUGAUUUUCCACAUAUUCCCAUGAAUCUAACAAACAAAAAAUCAACACGAACAGGUUGGAACCCAGAACCGCGCGGCCCAAUUGAGUCGGGCACGUCGAGGGCAAAGACAUAAGUGAACAGGCCACAAUACGGUGCGUAGGAACUCGAACCCCUUGAAUACCUCUAUGAAAAAUCAAAAAAAAGGUAUAAGGAAAAAAGAGGGACCCACACCCCGAAAAAAAAUGAAAGCUGUAAAACUCACCAGCCAUACGACGUCGAUGCACCUCGUGAUCCAAUUUCCGGGCAAUCGGGUGGUCCCACGGGAACGUCUUGGCCCAAUCCCGCAACUCUUCAUGCGUACAUCUGCGAAACAGCGCACGGAACAACUCGUGGCCCAUGGGCAGAUGGUGGAGAACCUUCAACAUCUCUAUCAGCAUGGCGAUGGGCACCGUGAAUAACACAAUCGAUUGUAAAGAGCUCACCAUCUUGAAUAGCUUGACGGAUCAAACUGGAAUGAGCUCACACAGAGCGCGCAACGUGAUUUACAGACUUGAUGAGAGACACUGAUUGGUGGAGAGACAUCACGUGAGGGCGUUUGAUCACGAGAGGAGACUCUAGGGGGUACCCCCCAUGGGUACACUUUUUUGGGUGAGACUCCAAGGCCUGGUACGAAUGAGUGAUUGGUCCAAGGAACAGAUAACUAAGGCAGACUAGAGUGGAGAGAGUCCAUUCCAUGCUUGGCCACUGUCAUCAUGGACUGCCGAGGGUUGGUCGACCCCAGGAAUAAACCGUUUGGCAACGUGCUCCCGUUGGAAGUGCAAGUGAAGAUCAUGUUUUGGGUGGAGUGUUUUUACACGAUGGACAAACGCAAAAAAGUGGUGCGAGAGUUCAAGGGGUUGCCCAAAUGCGCCAUGACAGGGUAUCCCAAGCACCUAGGCGAGGGCCUGACUUGGAACCAAGUGAUCGUGCGAAUGCAUGCUCCCAGGACCAAUGGGUGCCACCAUUGCCAUCGCAUGUCGGAUCACCGGAUGUCGGUGAGUGAUUUUGUUUUUUUUGCCUUCUUCUUCUUUUCAUGACCUUGACACUAACAAAACAUUUUUUUUUGUCUGGUUUUAGGUUGGCAUGAUGGCGGAGAUGGCCCGUGUCCCUCCCAAUCUGGAUAGGUUGAUGAACGAGGGCAUUGCCUUUGUCAUUAGGCAAUUCGCCCAUCGGAUUCCCGAGACACCCUUGGGUGAGCGUCCCGUCAUGAUUGGCCGGAGAAAGUCCUCGUACAAUACCAUAGACAAAGUCAUGACGAGACUGGAUUUGAUUCAUAAAGUGAUGGCUGCCAUGGAUUUUGUUAUCAUUGAUGUGAAAUAAAAACACGUGAUUUGUUCUAUGAAACAGUGUUUGUUUAUUGACGUUUAAAUAAAGCAUCCAGGGUGGGAUAGAGGACAGGGUCUUCUUCUCGGGUGCCGAUAAUGGCGGUCUUGUCUUGGAGGGUGGGUAAAGCGAUUUGUUCCUCGGUCAUGCCCUCACAGACUUGAUACUCUUGGGAGGUGGGAUUCCACCAAUACCAUUGUUCUUUAUCCACAUCGAAUACAUAGAGGGGUUUGCCUAAAAGCUGGGCCAUGAUCACACCCCAGCCUGUACCUCCCAACAAAUGCUUGCCAUAUUCAUCAAAAUGACCCAACGCGAGAACGAGGGACGCCGGCUGAAUGACGUAAUAAUUGCGUUGAAUGUACUGGAGGCUGAUAGGAUGAUGAAUUCGUCGACCCAAUCGAAAUGCCACCUGGGUGACGGUCGGUGUGGCCGCAUCCAACUGGGAUUGAGUCAAGGGCGUGAGGGACUUGGAUCGAGGGUGACAGGGUGGGAUAAAGACCACACAGGUAUGACCAUACAAGUGACAUAAUCGCUCCACAUGUGUGUCCACCCCUUUAGCUCCUCCGGUGUAAAUAGUCAAAGGCAUACUCUGUGAAAAAAAAAAAAAAAAAAGUCAGUGUUUAUGACGAGGGUGUUUAUGACGAGGGAUAGGCGUCCAAGCCCACAUGGUAUGUGGUUCAUCAUCGGCGUACAUCAGGGGCACAUCCCAUUCCCGUUGGGUCACGGUUUGUUCAAAGACACGUAAGACGCUACGACAAUCAUCGCAAUCCUCCGGGAUCCAAUCCAGUCCUUGACCAUUAGCAAACGCCUGGUCUUUGGCUUCGAUACAAAAGUUGCAUAACAGUUCGUCUAAUAAUCGAUCACACCGUUUUUGCCACAAUACGCGUUGGGCGUUGACUUGCGAAAGGGUGGGUAGGACAUGGGUCUGGCGACGUAACCAUCCACUCAUUUGACAGACCCGCACAUGCGCGCAAUGAUCAUGCCAGAUACCACUCCCACGGGCUCCAUGAGAAUGAUCCUCACACCAAUUGCGACCAUGAUCGUGGUGAGCCAUGACAUUGGCGGUGGCAAUAGGGAGAUUGGCCAAGUCCCCACACCCCUGCCCUUCCAAGACCACGAGAGGGUAAGCAAACGGGGGCUCUUGCAACAUUUUAGCCAGGCCGUUGAACGUGUGAACCCCGAUCCGAUUCCGCUGGGGGGUGAGAUGCUGUUGACACCAACGGGUGAUAUCGUCUCGCAUUUGAUCGUAGGGAUGAAAGUCUUGGCGAUUGUACGCUGUGUAGGGUUCGAAGGGCAAGCCAUGCACGGUCUGGGUCUGACGAUCCACUCGGGUUCGGGCCUCCUCGGAUAAUUGAUGGUACGGUAACAGGUAACAGGUAUUUGGUAACAGGUAUUUGAACAAUCCAUGAUGAUGCCCCGUCCAAUCACAAAAAGCCAGUUCUCGAAUGAUAUACUCGUCGCGGGAGAGGGCAAACCCCUGACUGAACACCAAAAGACCCACUUCAUGGAGCGCCAUGCUUACCGUGUCAAUGAGAUCGCGACGAAUGAGAGGGGUCGUUGACUCAUCCCUGGUUUUAUAACCCCUAGGAUGGUGUCUGAUUGGUGGAGACCAAGAUCAUACGAUCAUCACAAGAGGACAGGACGAGUCCGGAUUGGUGGAACAAAGAUCGUAUGAGUAUCACGAGUGGCGUCACGAGACGUAGGAGGAGGGGUUAUAAAAGGCUGGGUAGACGCUCCCUUGAAGUCAUUCGUCAAGUGGAGAAGAUGGAUCGUCAAGCCACUCAACCUGUAGCCGUGCCGUCGGGACGCAAACGACGUCGCGUCAGUAAGAAACAAAAACAAGAAGAGGAGAAAGCCCAAGCGCGAGCUGCACAGAUGAAAGCGGAUCAUGAUCAGGAGAUGGCCGAGCUUGGGUUGUCCCGAGCUGAACUCCUAGAGAUGAAAGCCAAACAACCCCCGACUAGUGAACUGGUGAUGGCUCUCAACGCCUUGCCUAAAGCCGACGACCCACGGCCACCCCCUACACCCUCGCCCAUCGACGACCUGAUAGAGGGCACCCUGAAAGACUAUAAGGAAGAAUGUGUAGAGGAAGGGACGUUUCAUUCAGAUCCCGCGACAGAAGUGGGGGAAUGGGAAAUCCUGGACAUGGACACCCAGUUCAACCAACUCCUGUAUGAAGCCUGCCCGUUUCAUCCCCAUCGAUUCCUGGAAUGCGUCAACCCCCAAGCCCAAUUUGGUCCCUUGAGGUUCAAGUGUCCCCAACUAGGGUGUCCGGUCUAUUUGUUUGAAGACACGCGAGAGGUGAUGAUGGAGAAAUUGAAAGAAGACACGCAUCCUCAAGUCCAUGCUCGUUUGAAACACGGAGAACUCAAGUGCAAAUGUGGGUUGGUUCCCAAGAUGAAAUUGAGUCGCACCACCAAGAACUACAACAAAGUGUUUUUCAGUUGUGGGAGCUUUCUUACCCAUGCCAAACCCUGUGGCUACUUUCAAUGGCUCCAUGGCCCCUUGUGGUGUCCCCGAGAGCAAGCGCAACCUACCCUGAGACGAUGGGUCAAGGAGUCUCUACCUCUUCUGAAAGGUCCAGAAAAAGAGAGACCCUGGGGAAUGCACGCUGUAGAGAUGCGUUAUGGUGAGAGGCCAAACCCCGAGAUAGAAAAGCUAAAGCAUGAUCCAUGGUUGAAACAGUUUGGCGAGUCUGUUCAAGCCCAGGAGCGAGAAUUUGAGAAAAGGCGCCAUUUACAUAAGAACUUUGGGAGCUCGUGCUUGUUUUGAACAUGUAGGUGUUUGUGAAAAAAACUAUUAAAGACAGAAUUGGACUCAGAAUGUGUGUCAGUGUCUUGAUGUCGUUGCCACGCGCUUACGAAGAUCCCCAAGCCCCUGGGGCCUUGGGUGGGGUCCAACCCUUUGCCCGAGCCCACAAAUUGAAAACCCCACAAGCGCAACAGAUUCUUCAAUCCGUGUUGAGCUAUACGCUCCACAAACCCCGACGGACCCGGUUUCCCACCACCCCCACCUUGGUCUUUGGCCGCGACGAACAAUGGCAGAUGGAUUUAGUGGACAUGCAAAAACUCAGUCGGUGGAACCAAGGCCACAAAUAUUUGUUAACGGUCAUCGACGUCUUGUCCAAGUAUGCCUGGGCCGUCCCCAUCAAAUCCAAGAGUGCCGCCAACAUGAUCCGAGGGUUGGACGCGAUACGUCGACGGGCCUCGCCACGACGACCCCUCCGGGUACAAACGGAUCAAGGCCAAGAAUUUUUGAAUCGAAAGGUCCAAGCCUGGUUCAAGAAACACGAUUGGCAUCAUUUUUACACGUAUGGGGAUAGCAAAGCCUCGGUGGUGGAACGAUGGCAUCUCACCUUGAAACGACGCAUGUACCGGUAUUUCACUGCGCACAAUACGUUACGGUACGUGGACGUCUUACAACCCUUGAUCUAUACCUACAAUCACGCCUAUCAUCGCAGUAUUGGGAUGGCGCCGCAUCAAGUCACCUUUCGAAACGAGUCCGAGGUAUGGGAUCGACUCUAUGGAACCCGAUUGAAGCCCAAGAUCCCCCCACCCAAAUGUCGCGUGGGCGAUCGGGUGCGUCUCAACAAGAAACAUCGUCCCUUCAAAAAAGGGUAUUUACCGGGCUGGACGGAAGAAGUGUUUGUGGUCACACAUGUGCGUCGUCAUCCCGUGGUCACCUAUCAGCUCAGUGAAUGGGACGGCACCCCUAUAAAAGGCACGUUUUACGAACCCGAUGUGCAAAAAGUCCAAGUAUCAGACGAUUCAUUGUUUCGAAUCGAAAAAGUCUUGAAACGGAAAGGACGUCAGAUCUUGGUCCGGUGGAAAGGGUGGCCGGCCAAGUACGAUAGUUGGAUUCCUGCGCAACAUGGUCCGCGUCAAACGAACGCCUCGAAAAAGAAAAAAGCGGGUGCAGUUUCUCGAUGAUGUCACACCUACCACGGACGCGGACAUUAUGAACUUCAUCCAGAACAAAGCCGCGGAACAACGGCAAACCCAACCGUGGUGGGACAAGUUGGCUAGCCCCACCAAACAACAAUGGGCCUACGCCAAUGCUUACCAUCGAGCCGAGGAGUAUGCCAAGCAACGAGGGGCUCUACGGUCCCCACCCAAGAAAAAACAACAACAACGUCGACGCGCUGGUCGUCAUCCACCCAUGCGCAAGAAGAAACCCCCUAAACCCAAGACCUGCAUGACCCUGAUGGAACUGGCCCGGGCCUUUCCCAACAUUGCCCAGCAAGUGUGUUUUCAUCCUAAACAAUCGACCUUCAAUUCAGUGGUGGGACGCGUCCCUCGCAGUAAACACAAAGUGGCGACUUGGCUAUAAAAGGACCCUGCACCCUGGGGGACGUGCCCCUUUUUCCUCAUGAUGAGUGAGAUUAAACGUUUGACGCUCAUCAGUGAUCCAACCGACGAGUUUCCCAACAAUGCCAACAACAGUUUCAAGGUCCGUCUGCCCGAACGUGUGAACUUACCAGGCGAAGGCUGGCAUGCCUCGUUGAUGUCCCUGACCGUCCCGGAUCAAGGCCAAAGCAAUGCCAUCAUCGCCGCGGAUCCACAUACCAAAGUGGUGCGAUACACCUAUCCGCAAAUAGUGCGUCUGUGGACAGACACGGGCGACCCAACCACGUCAGGGUAUUUGAGCGUGAAUUCCCCCAAGGUGACCGGCAUGAUCGAAUUGGAAGAUGUCAUGAAUCCAACUCAAAUCGUGGCGACAGGGAGUCAGUUUUGGCAACGCGUGAUGCAAACCAUGCAUAACUUCAUCAUGUACACGGUAAUGAAAGAUCAAUGGAGCGAACUGAUCAAGAAUCGCGACCGAAAACCCAUUGUGUUUGUCAAAAAACACGGCAUCCCCCGACUGAGGUGGACAGGGGAGAGUCUGGUGAUUGAUGCGAUUCCCAAAGAGGAAUUGUUGAACUCGAACCAAAUCAACAUGGUGGAAUUUUACAUCAACGUGGACAUUGCACUCAAGUUUGGCUUGCUGCGCCUAAAGACGGGCAAGACUGGAAGCAACCAGAGCGAUUAUCUGCUGGGGCCAAAUAUGCAAUAUUCUCUCCCCGUCAAGACCUAUGAUGAGACCACAGGCCCCGUCGGGAGUCGAUAUCGAACCUAUUACAAUUGGGAAGGGGAGGUGUACGAGGGCGUCAACUUUACCAGCCGAGCCUUUUUCAUCGUGACAGAGGACAAUGUGAAGUGGGUGAGAUUGCACCAGGCGUUUGAAUGGCGGUUGAAUAACCUAGAUGCCUCGUUUGAAAAGAUCGUGGGGACUCGUCGACGGACCGUCAUGGUCUAUUCGGAUCUGGUCGAAUCCACCGUGGUGGGCAGUGGCAAGUAUCCCCUGUUACGGGAAGUGCAAUUGUUGAGAACCGGCGAUGGGGAAAGUACGGCCGAACCCCUGCACCACCAAUGGAUCAAACUCCGAGGAAAUCAAUUGGAUAUCUUGGAAGUGGAGAUUGCCAGUACCGCUGGACCCCUGGCCCCUUUACCCCCGGGCAAAACCCUGGUCACCAUUGGUCUCAAAAAGCUAUAAAAAGUCACCCCAACAUCACGUGGGUCCAAAAAGCACCACGACGUGAACCAUGCGCGGAGGCAGUUUAACGCGGUACCAUACGCCCGUGCUCACUAAGCAAGAGGGCAAAGGCUUGGCCGAAGACUUGAUCAAACUGGCAGGACCCCUGAUCGUGCAACAAGCUCAAGCGGGACUGCAAGAUAUUCAACGUGGCAAGAGUGCCGCGGACACCUGGGCCGAUCGAAGUGCCCAACUCAGCCAUGGCUUGGACGACUGGCAAACACAAGGUUAAACGGACCGCUCAAAAUACCUAUAAAAGAGCCACGCAACGCGUACGGGAUAUCUUUGGACUGUGAAAAAAUGGUACGUGUAGGAGGCUUUCUCAAAUCGCAAAAUCGUGUUCGACGGCAACGUGCCCGUGGACGGUUCAUUUCGCCGUAUCAAGUGGGGGGCACGAUUUUUGGCAAGUCGACCAUGGCGCGCUAUCCCCUGAUGAAUACGACGCAUCGGAUCAACCCCGAACCCUGGAGAGUAAAACAAGCCCUACGCCGUAUGAAAGGGGGUACGAUUUUUGGUACGUCCACUCGCAUGCGUAUGGGGGAUCCCAUGAAGGUCCUCUCAGCCGCCCAAGAAAAGGCCAUGAUGGACCGCUGGAUCAAGAAACGUAUGAAAGGGGGCACGAUCUUUGGCAAGGGGGAUCUCCGAAAAGUGUUGUGGGCCAAUCAAGCCAAAGCCAGGAAACAGAAGAAGCAGAAAGGGGGCAACGUCUUUAGCAAGUUGAAAAAACGCAUCCAAAUCGAUUUUCCUCACCGCCCCUUUCCCUCCGCGUUUCCCAUCCAUGAUUGGCACAGACUACAAAAGGGUAUAAAAAGAGGACGCCGUUGAACCUCGUGGACAGACCGCAUCAUGUCGCUCAGUCUGUUUGACGUGCCCGAUGUGGAUUAUCGGUAUGAAGCCUCGCGGGAUGUGGAGUUUCAACCCGCCUUGACGGGCAUCCAACCCAUCACCUUCUCCAUUCCAGGCUCUGACGAUUAUUACGAUCUCAAUUCUCUCCGCUUCAAAGUCAAAGUACGCCUGACCGAUCCCGCCGCUGGAUAUACAGGAUUGCAUGCUGGUUUGCUCAUUUCCAAUGCCAACGAAACCAGACACGUCUACUGCGUCAACAAUUUCGGUCACUCCAUCUUUCGAGACAUUACCAUGAGCAUGAAUGGCGUCCUCAUGACGGAACAGAGCAACACCUACCAUUACAGAGCCUACCUAGAAACCCUGCUGAAUUACAACCGAGAAGAAGGAACCACCAAACUAGCCCCCCAAGGAUGGGUCAAUCAGCUCAAUGUGGCAGAAGAAAUAGGAGCCACCGCCGCCAAUUCCGAUGUCCCUGUGGCUGCAGGUUGGAGUGGCAAUGCAGACUUGCGAACCCUGACCAGCAAGUUGCUGAGUGAACAUUGGCACACCUUUAUCGUGCGUCCUCAUUUGCCACCCCUCAAGACAGGCAAAUUGUUGGUUCCCAAUGUUCAGUUGGACUUUGAACUCUUCCUGAACCCCAAAACCAUCUACCUGAUGGGCAGCCCUAACAAAGGCACCUUGAACACCAAGAAAAUUCCAGCCAUCCACAAUGAUGACAUCAAAGUCACUUUGUUGAUGAGAAAAGUGACCCUGAAUGCUAGCGUCUAUGUCAGACUGCAGAAAGAAAGACAGCUGAAAAAACAGAUUGCCAGCUACCCUGUCGUACGAAGCGAAAUUCGCACGUUUUCCUUUGAUGGGCGUACCACCCAGUGGGAACAAGACAACAUAUUUGUGGGACGAUUUCCUGAUCGAGUGAUCGUCGGGUUAUUGCAUUCGGAUGCCUUCAAUGGAGACCUAGAAAGAUACCCUUUUGCCUUUCAAAAGUUUGGUGUCACCCAAGUACGACAGACCUUGAAUGGAGAAGAAUACCCUUACAGAACCCUGCAAUUGACUGGAGACCAAGCCUAUGAAGAUCUGCUGGGCUACGAUCGAUUUCUACAAGCCAUGGGUGUUUACAGUGAAGAUAAGAUUCCCAUGCUGCUGCCUGGUGAUUGGGGACAAGGCAAGAACUGCACGUUGUUCAUGUUCAACAAUGUGCCCAGUGGCAAAGCCGAUAACCCCCAGUAUCGCAACCCCCGUCAAUCGGGUAAUACGCGACUGGUGAUUGAUUUUGCUGCCGCGGUCGGUCAUAACGUCACCAUCUUGGUAUGGAGCGAGUAUGAAAACAUGUACUAUAUCAAUCAUCUGGGAGGUAUAAAAUACAACAUCAACGGAUGAGAUGGCCUCAGACAUCAGAAGACAUCGGUCAUGGAGUUUGUGGCGCUCAGCGAUACUGUGUUGCGGACCCUGGCCUUGGAGGAUCCCGAAUUACGACGCGUGUUUCAUGGGGUGCACCCAGCCGAUCAACUCCCUCGACACCCCGCCAUGAGUGUCCGUCAAGCCUACAUUGUCAACACGGAUCCAGCGGGAGAACCAGGACAGCAUUGGUUGGGUCUGUGGACAGAAAAGAACCAAUGCGAGAUCUUUGACAGUUAUGGUCUACCCCUGCACGUGUACACCAACCCAGAGUUGCACCAAUGGUGGGGUCAAUGGAAGUACCUGACGCGCAGUGACCAGACCCUGCAAGCCCUGGAUAGUCAAACCUGUGGCCAUUAUGCGUUAUUUUUCUUGAAAGCCCGGGCGCAAGGACGGUCGUAUCAAGAAUUUUUAAGUCAAUGGAGUUGCGACAAUUUAGUGUUAAAUGAUCAAAAAGUGGCCGAGCAGUUGAAACGGGUGAUCAAACGAGAAUUACAAGAUGAAGUGGAUGCCCGUCCACCUGAAGGAGGGCAAAAGAAUGUGAGCCGCCAGGCCUUUAUCACUUGUAAUCAUUGUGAGUGUUGAAAUAAAAAACCCCAUAAAACGAAAUGUGUGGUCCACGAGUGGUCAUUGUAGUUCAUCAUGAUUACACGAGCCGAUGUCCAGCGGGUGGUGGAUGCGUUCAUUCUGGAAGAAACCUUGUAUUGGUGGGAACACCCCAUCGAAAAGGUUAAUACGGUGCGUGGCAUCGAUGCCUGGGAUGGGUAUCAUUGGCUCAUGGCCCGACAAUUGGCCCAAGACCAAGAUUGGGUCUCCCUCAAGCAGUACAUGGACAGCAUGAGCGAAACGUAUUUAAGAGAGACGAUGGAAGGACUGAUCCAAUCCGAAUCGCCCCGCUUAUACCGCGAGUAUUGGACGACAUGCCCAGACGACGACGACGACAGCGCACCCGACGACCCCGCUUUCGUCAAAACGGACGAGGCAUCAUGAGCGUGUUGGCCAAAGCCUAUAAAAUCGGUGACCGAUUGGGACGGGACAAACGGUAUAAACGUAUGGGCGCUAAAGGGGCCACCGGUCAUUAUCGACGUCACCCUCGACCGUGGGAAUCAUGAUCCGACAACCCAGCAGUGUGAUCAUCGCAGGCCCGUCGGGCAGUGGCAAGACUGACUUGGUGGAACAAUGGUUACGGUACCUGAACGUGUUUCAAGUCAAACCCCGCAAGAUUGUGUAUGCUUAUGAUCGCUGGCAACCCCGAUUCGAGCGUAUGCAAAAAAAGGAUGGGAUUCAAUUUUAUCGCGGGUUACCGGACCCCCGUCAUUUGACGCAAUGGUUUGGUCGGACGCGAGGCGGGGUGUUGGUCUUGGACGACCUGAUGGAAGAAGGGGGACAAGACAAGCGCGUGUUGGAUUUGUUCACCAAAGAUUCGCAUCAUCGCAACAUUACGGUGCUGUAUUUGACGCAAGAUUUAUUCCCGCCGGGCAAAUUUUCCAAGACCAUCAAUCGCAACGCGCAUUACAUUGUGGCCUUCAAAAACCCCCGGGAUCAAACAGGGAUACGGACGAUUUUAUUACAAGCCUUUCCGGAUCGAUGGCGUCAAGUCUUGCGCCUAUUUAAACGCAUCACGGCCCGCCCCUUUGGCUAUUUGAUGUUGGAUGUACAUCCGGCGUCGGAUGAUCGCUAUCGCCUGUGGAGUCAUUUAACGCCUCGAGAAGGCAAAGCGCAAGUCCACACCUUGCGUGCGGAUGUCCCUGCCGUUCGACAACGAACUGCAACGAGAACUCGCCAGGGUCCGCCGGCAAAGAGAAGGCGGACAACAUACUGAAUUAGCCGCUCGCAUGGACACACACUCGCCCGCGGGGGUGGGUUCCCCCUCGGUUCUCCGGGAUCUCAGCAGCAUGACGGACAUGGUGACCGAAUUGUCUCGACCCGUGGAUCGAGCCCAAUUGGAGCAAGACAUUGACGAUUUCAAUUUGACCUACCCGGUCAAUGUCGACGAUGCCUUGAAUGCCUUCACGCUCCCGCCUGUGGCAGGCACCGGUACAGCACCACUUGCCACUUCUACUCCCAUCACCACCAUGGCACCACCACCGCCACCCACCAUCACCACCACCACGGCUGCCCCCACCCGUCCCACCACAUCCACCCGAACUCGUCCCACCACGACUACUACCACCACCAGUCGACCACGACCCGUCACGUCCACUCGAACACGCCCCGCCACGACCGCCACGACCACCACCGCCCCCUCCCGUCCCUCCACCAGCCGCCGCAGCGUCGGGGCAGGGACCAGGACUACCACCUCCACGGUGACGACCCCCGCCGGACGGCCCACUAUUGCCGCCAAACAACCGCGACGGCGCCCCCGGGUGCCCUCCCCACCGUCCCCUGGUUCGUCCCCUCCGUCUGAUGACGAGGAUGGCGAUGAUGAUGAUGAUGAACGACGGCGAGGAUUAAGGCGACGGUUGGAUUUGCUCAAUGAAGAUGCUCAAGAACGGGCACGAGGUCGACGGAUUCGUAACAUCACGCACACCAAUACGGUGACGACCGUGUAUGAAGAGGGGGGUCGUCCCUCGGUGCGCCGCACGUCCACCCGAACCUCCAGCCCAAGUCCACCCAGACCACCACGCCGAGGACGAGGCCGUGGCCGUGGCCGAGCACGGGGACGGGGUCGAGCCCGUGGACGAGGAGGCAGUUCUUCCUAAAAGGUAUAAAAACCAUGACUUUUCUUCCAUCGUCCCAAAAAAUGCAAUGGGCCCUCGACGCAAACGCCAACGCAGGACGACACGACGGCGACCCGCCAAACGACGACGGCGUGUGAGUCAAGUAGGGGGUGUCGCGGUCAGCAUGCCCCUAGGGAUUCUCAAAGCCGGCUAUGGGAUCACCAAAGCCAUCGGGGAUCAUCAAACCAAGCGGGCCAUCGCCAUUGGCGAAAAACGUCGACGGGAAGUGGCUUCAGGCAAACGGAAAAAAUACGCGGGGGAAUCGUUCAAUUGUUCCAUCAUGUGAAAAAAAAGAGUAUAAAAGGUUAGAGGCGCGUCCUCCAUUGGACAGAUCAUCAUGCACUGUGGUCCACGACGACGACGAAAACGACGCCGAAAACAACGAGGGGGUAUUCUCCCACUUCUCAUCCCCGCGGCGGUCGCUGCCGCUGUCCUCAUGAAGAAAAAGAAGAAAAAAAAGAAAGUGGGCAAGAUCAGUGCAGCGCAAAUGGCAGCCAAUAAAAGACGGGUCCAGCAGAUGUUUAAUCGAAUGCCGGGUUGGGGCGGCUUUGAAACGCUAAAAAGGCUAUAAAAGAAACGCUGGGUGGGACACAAGAUUCUCAUUGAGGAUGGUCCGUGGACCCAACGGUCGCCGACAUCGUUAUGUCCCUCGAAAACGACGCCGACGACGUGGCUUGCAACGCGGCGCAAAGUUACCGCUUUUGGCAAUGGCUCUCUCGCCUUUGUGGCUCAGGAAAUACAAACCCAGAAUCCGAAUUCGACGCCCAGACUAACCGACGACGCUCCAAACGCAAAGCCGUCACGUUUGCGUUGGAUUGGGACGACCAGUAUGAAGCCGCCUUGUGUGCACGGUGUCGAGAUCACAUGCAACGGCAUUAUCAUGGCGAAUUGUGUGGUCGGUGUGGCGCCAUUUUUACCAUAAAUAGACCUUGGUCCUUGCCUGAACUCAAGAUUCAUCAUGGGGUGGCGCAUGGAACGUCAAGCCCCGUUCUUGAAAAGUGUCUUACAAGAAGCCAAUCAACACAAACGACAAGAAUUGUUGCGGAUGGCCAAUGCGGAUCAGAUCAAUGCUGUCAGUGAAUUGGUGAUGAACACGCUCCGUGGCACGGUGCCCCGUUCCCGACAGACCAUUACGUUGCUCAAACCUCACGCUCAGAGUUUACGCGCCAUGGCCAAACCCGCUCAUUCCGUCAAACGACGACGCGCUAUCAUGAUGGCUCAAAAAGGGGGUGCCCUCUGGCCGGAACUCUACCGAUGUUAUAAACGUUGCAUGCGCUAGACCCGACCCCUCAGUUGCACCAUGGAACCCGAGAUGGUGAGCACCACGGUGAACAACGCCCCGGCUUUUUUACAAUUACGAGACCAGUACAAACAAGAAUUGGUGGAAGACACUCGCUUGACCAAAGCCGCCGAUUUAGCCGCCAAACAACAUGUGCUGUUGACCAGUGAUGCCCCCGAUGCUUGGAAACGGCCUCAACUCAAAGCCGUCAGCCGUCAAUUACGCCAUUGGACCAAAAAAGUGCGCCAACCGUUUGGAGCCCCAGCUGGGGGUGUGACUGCCGCAGGGGCUACGACGCCGGGUGAUGAUGAUUUUGAGGCGGGCCCCAUGCAAGCCUGGUUUACGCAAUUGGUCAAGGCCACUCAGGGUAUAAAACAAGGGUCGACGCCUGGUGGACCCAGAAAACCCCCUGUCCCGCCUAAACCAAGGUUCACGCCCAGUGCCAAAAAGAAACUCAAGUUCACGACCCCAUUGAGCAGUGAAGAAUUGGCGCACGAGUUGCCCUUUUCAGAGAAGAUUGGUGUAGAACCGUGGGAUACCCCUAAAGAACGUGUGGACACCAUCAAGAGAAAAGCCCUACGUGAUAUUCGCAAAAAAACCACGGACAGUGCCAAAAAGAAAGCUGCGGGUAUUGCCAAAAAGAAAGCCGCUGGUUGGGCCAAGAAAGCCUUGGAUUGGAAAUCGUGGAAAACCCCCUAAGAUGGGACGGAAACGUCGUGCUCCAUCCCGUUCCCGAGCGAGACGACGACGACGCUCGCAACGGGGCGGCAAGUUAUUUGAUGUACAAAACCUUCUCAACAAGACCGGUAUUGAAUUUCAUUGGCCCGGCUAUCAGUACAUGGGUCCUGGCACCCAUUUAAAGAAACGAUUGGCCCGUGGGGAUCCCGGCAUUAACCGGUUGGAUAGGAUUGCCAAAGCCCAUGACAUUGACUAUGAUAAAGCCAAGACGUUGAAAGACAAAUGGGCCGCGGAUCGUAAGAUGAUUGCCAAGAUUGAUCAACUCCCUGGCAGUAAAAACCUAACAGAGCGUAUUGUGAGACGCAUUAUGAAAGCCAAACUCCGAUUUGGCAUGUAAAAACCCUCUUUCUAGUCAUAAAAAAGACAACAUGUUAAAUGACACCAUGGUUUAAUAAACUUCAUGUUUGUUUUUUCUUACAAAUACAUUUGUAUAUUUUGCAACGCCUCGGCGCGAAGGGUUUGCACUUUGUCCUCUUCAGGGCCGGACUGUGACAAGUCUAAAGGCAACCACGGGAGGGGAAAGGGACGCUCUAAUUCCUCGUCCAACCAGGACCAUUCUCGGCGCCGAAUGGCUUCCACCCGCUGCUGGUAUCGUUGACUUUGCAGGGCUCUCCAUCCCUCUUCACCCAAGAUACGCCUUUUCUCAGCCGCCAUCUCCCUCCGCCGCGUAUUCAAACGCUGUUUGUAAGCCUCGUACGUCCCCUCUUUUUUCAUUCUUUGCAUCCAAUUUUUUUGGCACUGGUUGUUUUUGCGUUUCACUUCAGCCCGUUGCUCCUCUGUCAUGCCAUGAUAGCGCCGCAUCCCCUCCUCGGUCUUUUUGGCCUUGAAGGCCUCAUACUCUCCACUGGCUUUCAUACGAGCCAUCCGCUCGUGGUAGCGUCGACGGUGGAGAGCCUUCACGUCCUCGAUGCCAUUCACGGCCGCGUACAAGCGCUGCCGAUACUGCUUUUGUUGAACCUUGUUUUUCUCAGGGUCCCGUUUUUUUCUGGGGGGCUGGCGCGAUCCUGGCGUAUCCAUGAUCCAGCUCUAAUACACGCGAAGCACACACGUCUGCCAAGGCCCGCAAUUUUCUAAAGGGACUGGGCGUCUGUCUGUUCUGGGCACGACGGUCCCGCUGCUGCUGGAUAAGCCGGUCGCGGUGUCGAUGAUAAUAUUGACGGUUCAAAGCCCGUACUUGGUCUCCGUGCGUGGCUCGGUACCGGUUACAGGCCAACCGGUUCAAUUCUCGGGCUUUGGCCAGCUGUUCUGGGGUCGGGGGCGGUUUGGGCGGCUUGGGUGGUUUGAGCUUUUUCUUGGCCGCCCGCUGCUCUCGUUUCCGUUUCACAAUCUCUUCCCGGUGUUUCAGGUACCACCGGUGUUUAGCCUCUUUCACUUUCUCUGGAUCUCGAUUAGGCAUGUCUCGAUGGCAACUGAUGUCUGGUCUGGACGCUGGCCUAUAUCUAGAGGUCUCUCCGCCAAUCAGCGAUCUCGACCCCAGGCUCAGAGGAGACUUGAGAAAAAUUUGUACCCAUGGGGGGCACCCCCCUCAAUCCUCCUCCUGUGCAAUCAACCCCUCCCCAUCCCUUACUUGACCCUCAUCUGACUCUCACCUGACUCUCACCUGACUCUCACCUGAGCCCUAUCCACCAAUCCCCGUUCGUUUGAUCACGUGUUUUUGGGUCUAUAAAAGCCAGCGUCUGGCGCGGGACAUUCAAAUUGUCUCCUCCGUCAUGGAGGAGGAGGACAGCUGGUAUGAUGUCAGUGACGAGGAGGAUGCUCUGUUAAACCGCGCCUAUGACCGGUGGGAACAGUUGGGAGGGGCCGUUCCCGCCCGAGGCCCUCUCUUUCAAUUCACUAUGCAGCCUAUUGGUCGACGACGCCGCUGGCGCAAUGUGGUGGAACGGGCGCAAUUCAACGCGCAAUUGCGUCAAUUGAGGGAUGCUGGUCCAGGAGAUAAUAUUGGCCUGGCAUUGACGGAAGCCUUACAUCAAGCCAUUGAAACAGAACUCGACCGUGAGCAGCGACCUGCCCAUCAUUUUGUGAACUUUGCCAUUACAGCGCAUGGGUUCACCCACGCGUAUCAAACCGCCAAUUUCACCGUGGGGGAAUUUUUACAACGCACGGCUCGUUUAGAUGAGAUGUUGGCUACCCUGGCGGGAAAAUUAAACAGCAAUGAAGCCUUCAACCCCGAUCGCGGGUUCCAAGUGGAUGUGGUGUUUGUCUCCAUGCCCGGCCCGGGGUCUGGUCGACAUAAACAACGCAAUGUAGGCCGUUUAUGUUUGGAUCGAGUCAACCAGAAAAAGCGAUGCAUUGUCACCAUCCGAAACAGAGAUACCCUAUGCUGUGCUCGUGCUAUUGUCACCAUGCGUGCUCAUUGCCAUAAAGAUCAAGGCGUGGACGGGUUUCGCGACUGGGACAAUCUCAAACGUGGUCGUCCUGUGCAGCAACGUCAAGCCCAGGCCCUCCAUCAGCAAGCGGGAGUCGCUGAGGGUCCCUGUGGAUUACCCGAGCUUCGCCAAUUUCAACAAGCCUUGGGAUCUCACUACCAACUCUUGGUGAUGACCCGGAUGAAACCGUUCUUUUUAAUCUUCAAAGGGCCCACCGCCCCUCAUCAGAUUCGUUUACUCAAAUCCAACGAUCAUUUUGAUGGUUGCACGUCUUUUCCUGCCUUUGUGAAUCGUUCGUAUUAUUGCUUGGACUGUGAACGGGGGUUCAACACCGAUGACCAAACCAAUCACACUUGUCAAGGAAGACGCUGCUCUGCGUGUGAACGUUUUGAUUGUCCGGAUUAUGUGCGUGGCACCCGCCCCACUGAGUAUUGCUGUCUGUGUUACCGCAAGUUUUAUGGCCAUCAGUGCAAACGUUAUCAUGAAAUCAGCAAGCAAUGUCAAUCCAUCAAAUGCUGUCUCAAGUGUCAAGCCCAAUACACAGUCGUUCGCAACCGACGUCACCGGUGUGGGUACGCCAAAUGCUCCGCGUGUCAGGAAUGGGUACCCAUCCAGAACCAUCAAUGUUACAUUCAGCCUGUAAAGGAUGAGCACGAGGAGACUGAACCGACAGAGGAGGGGGGAGGUAGCAUGGUGGCGCCACCCCCUCCCCUGUUUGUUUACGCAGAUUUUGAAGCCAUGCAGAAUGCAGAUGGCGUGUUUGUGGCUAAUUUGUUAUGUUAUUCGUCGAGUGUAGACACCACCAUCCAUGUCUUGGAGGGGGAGGACUGUGCCCUACAAUUUUUGCGCGAUUUGGAUGAUCUCACGGAUGUUCCAGAUUGUGAGGGCGAGCGAACGAUACUCGUGGUGUUUCACAAUCUAAAAGGGUUUGAUGGCAUGUUCAUUCUCCAUGAACUCUACCAGCAACAACGCGAGGUGGUGGAUCAACUGACUGUGGGCGCCAAAGUCCUAUCGUUUAGAAGUGGACCACUCAAAUUCAUCGACUCGUUGUGUUUCUUGCCUAUGCCGCUGGCCUCUUUUUCCAGUACCUUCAAUUUGACCGAAUUAAAGAAGGGGUUCUUUCCCCAUUUGUUCAAUACCCCCGAUCACCAACAGUAUGUGGGCCGCAUCCCCGAUUUGGAAUUUUACGAUCCCGACGGCAUGAUGGCCAAAAAGAAAGAGGAACUGACUCGUUGGCAUGCGGAUCAAGUCCGUCGGAACGUGCCCUUCCAUUUCCAACAAGAAAUGAUUGAGUAUUGCAAAUCCGAUGUGGCUCUAUUGAAAGCUGGGUGUGAAGCCUUUCAACAAGAAUUUGAACAACAGGCGGGCUUCAAUCCUAUGGCCAAGUGCAUUACCAUCGCCAGUGCUUGCAAUUUGUAUUGGCGCAAGCAUCAUUUGACCCCCGACACCAUUGCAGUGGAACCUCUCGGAGGGUGGCGAGGGGCCCAAGUCAACCAUUCCCUCAAAGCCCUCCAAUGGCUCUAUUACCAAGAACAUCUCCUUCCCAAAGAGGGGGCCAGUGCUGAUCGCAUUCGUCACGUUCGUAAUGGCGGCGAACAGUCGGUCCGAACCAGCGUCGACAGUCAUUUCGUCGAUGGCUACGAUCCUGUGACUCGCACCGUCUACGAGUUCCACGGAUGUCUCUAUCAUGGCUGUCCCCGCUGUUAUCCCGCGAGAAACGCCAAACAUUAUGCCACGCCGGAUCGAUCCGUGGAGGAACUCUAUCAAGCCACGCUCUCUAAACGCACGGCCUUGCUCCGAGCAGGCUACACAGUCAUUGAAAUGUGGGAAUGUGAAUGGGACCAAUUAGUGGACACCGAUGAAGCCGUCCAACGUUUUCUGACGUCCUUCGAUUUGGUGGCACCCCUAGAACCCCGUGAAGCCUUCUUUGGGGGUCGAACCGGUGCGGUGGCUCUGCAUGCUGUGGCUGGAGAGGGGGAGGAAAUACGUUAUGUGGAUGUGACCUCUCUGUACCCGUGGGUGAAUAAGAACUGUCCUUACCCCAUUGGGCAUCCGCGGAUCAUCACGCAGCCUACCGACCAGUCCCUGGACUCCUAUUUUGGUGUAGCCACCGUCGAUAUUCUUCCCCCUGCUGGUUUGUUCCAUCCUGUUCUGCCCGUGCGUAGCGGCCACAAGCUCACGUUUCCUCUCUGUCGUGCCUGUGUUCAGACCGAGCAGGCCCAACCCAUGUUGACCCGAACCCGUUAUUGCCCUCAUUCCGAUGUGGAUCGCACGCUACGCGGUACCUGGUGCACACCCGAAUUGGUCAAAGCCGUCGAAAAGGGGUACACGCUGAUCAAGAUUCACGAAGUCUGGCAUUUUCCCCCUGAGCAACGCCGAACGGGUCUUUUUGCUGAUUAUGUGAACACGUGGCUCAAGUUGAAACAAGAAUCCGCGGGGUGGCCCGGCUGGUGUCAGACUCUCGAGCAAAAACGCAACUACAUUCUUCGUUACCAGGAACGGGAAGGCAUCCAACUGGACAUUGCCAGUAUUGCCAAAAAUCCCGGUCGCAAAGCCACGGCCAAGCUCAUGCUGAACAGCUUCUGGGGCAAAUUCGGGGAGCGGAUCAAUAAACCCACCACCGUGACUGUCCAAGACCCCGCCCAAUUGUUCAAUCUCAUCUCGGAUGCUGCCCUCGACCUUAGUACGCUCCGCCUUUGCACGGACGAUAUUUUGGAAGCCGUCUACACCAGUGUCCAAGACAAUGCUGUCAAAGGCACCAAGACCAAUAUUUUUGUGGCCGCUUUCACUACAUGCCAUGCUCGAUUAAAGCUCUACGAGUCCCUGGACACCCUUCAACAGCAAGUCCUUUACUACGAUACAGAUAGUGUCGUGUACAAGUGGCGUCCCGGUCAACCCAGUAUUGCCAUCGGCGAUUUUUUGGGGGACAUGACGGACGAAUUGGACGGUGACGUCAUCACCGAGUUUGUUUCGGGGGGUGCCAAGAAUUAUGGGUACACGACACGACAGGGUAAAGUGGUAUGCAAGGUACGCGGUUUCACGCUCAACGUCCGUGGAUCCGCCAUUCUCAAUUUUCAGACCAUGAAAGACAACAUUCUCUCUGAAUUGAAUUCGCCCCAGGACUCUCGACGCAAUUUGAACCUGACCAACCCUUAUUAUUUCAAACGGGAUUUGGAACAAAAACAAAUUCAAGUGGUUCCGCGCGUGAAGCAGUAUGGGUUGGUGUUCGACAAGCGCGUUAUUGAUGUCGCCACCCGAUCCAGUUAUCCCUAUGGCUACCAGAGGAUUGGGAACGAACUCGAUUUGCUAUUAGAUUUGUAAUGGGCGUGACGUUAUUAGGGCGUCACACACGUCCCACUUGUAUCCAGGGUUUUACGCGGUCAUUAAAACUAUGCUAAGAAUGCAGAUUCAACUAUUUGUGUGCGUGUGUUCUUUAUUCCUAGGGGGUCACGUGGGUUAAAACAAUGGGGUUGUGACGUCAAAAAGUCACCUGACCUAAAUGCGCGAUUCUGAUUGGUCGAGACGAAAUUUGCUGCGCUCUGAUUGGUUAGGACCUAGGGUAGCCAUGUAUACUACUCGUAAUCCACAGAGGCAAAGUGCUGUUCGAGAAUUUAAAGCAAGAGUGAGAGACGAAACCCCUAACAGUCCUUCCCGUUGGCUACCUAGCCCACCUGUGACGGUAUCCCCAGUGAAAAAACAGCGGCGAAGAUAUGCGAGUCCACGCCCUGAGGCUGUGCGCUGGUUACGGUUAUAA